GCAAACUCCUCUUCUCCUAACUUUCUAUUCCUUCCUCAGCGAGAGAGCCCCCCUGGCAAGCUACCAUUCUGGACAUGGCUGGACAAAAUUCUGGAACUGGUGCAUGACCACCUGAAGAAUCUCUGGAAUGAUGACUACAUCAUGGGGUUCGUGAGCCGGAGCCAGGAGCGCCGGCUGCUGAAGAAGACCGUGUCGGGCACGUUCCUGCUGCGCUUCAGUGAGACGUCAGAAGGGGGCAUCACCUGUUCCUGGGUGGAGCACCAGGAUGAUGAUAAGGUGCUCAUCUACUCCGUGCAACCCUAUACCAAGGAGGUGCUGCAGUCACUCCCGCUCACUGAGAUCAUCCGCCACUACCAGCUGCUCACGGAGGAGAACAUCCCUGAGAACCCACUGCGCUUUCUCUACCCCCGAAUCCCCCGGGAUGAGGCUUUUGGGCGCUACUACCAGGAGAAAGUUAAUCUUGAGGAACAGAGGAAAUACCUGAAACAUAGGCUCAUUGUGGUCUCUAACAGACAGGUGGAUGAAGUACAACCACUGCCGGAGCCUUUGCUUGGACCAGAACUGCAGCCAUUGAAGCUGGAACCAAGGCUGGCGCCAGAGCUAGAGCUAGACCUGGGGAUAGAGUCCCUGCUGGAGGCAGGCCUGGACCUGGGGUCAGUGCUAGAGUCCAGUCUGGAGCCCAUGCUGGAGCCCACACCAGAGUCUGUGCCGGAGCACAUACCAUGUGUGGUAUCACAAGGAGUGCCAGAGCCAAACCCAGGACUGAUGUCACAGCCAGUGCCAGAGCCCGAUUUGCCCCAGGACCUGAGACACUUGAACACUGAGGGAAUGGAAGUCUUCAGAAACUCUGUCGAGAUCGAAGAAAUCAUGCCAAAUGGUGACCCACUGAUGGCCAGCCAGAACGUCUCCGAUGAAACUUAUGUCUCCUAUCCCAGCCAUUUCUACACGGAUGGACCCUUGAUUCCGUCUAACUACUAGGAACUGUUUCCUCUGUUCCUUUCGUACCUCUUGCCCCCACACCAUGAUGUUGCUCCCCAAGGAUGGGAAAUUAGGCACGUGUCCCUUCUAAGCUGGGUGGACCCUUCAAACCCAGGCCUGUGUGACUCUGUUGGGGUGAGAGAUGAAAGCAUGACACAGGCAUGGAAGAGACAGCAGGAUCAGAACAGAUGCUGACCAUACUUCUGAAUAGAAUCCUGGAGGCAACCUGCUGUGCCAGGAGGAGCAGUGGUCCAGGAGGCAGGCCAGGGUAGCUGGGGGUCCUUGGAGGGUUCACAGUAGUGGCUUCUUUCCAGUAUGGUAGGACUUCAACAUGUUAAUAGCUGAUAAGGCUAAUCUGGUGCACACUUGCCACUGGCCCUUUUGGUGGGGAGCACAGACACCGGAUAGGACUCCAUUUCUCCCUUUUGAUUCCUUUAUAUGUGGAUAACUUGUCCUGUUUUCCUCCCUUCAUUCCUGACUCAAGUCCUAAAUCUUCUUUUCCUGCAGGAGCUGAGAGCUUUCUGCCUCAGCCCUGCCAUGUGAAGCUCCACCCUGAAGGAGACAAGAGGUGAACCUCUUUACCAUGUCUUUGCUCUGCCCAUUCCUCCCCCCAUAAAAUGAUCCUGCCUACCUAACUUGCCUGUGAAGCUUUGCAUAAUAAUUUAUGUUGGCUAGUGUCCAUUUUCCCAAUGCUUAGGAGACAGAUUGCUCCUGGCAGGGUUGGUGGGGUUGCUGGGAAUUUAUGACUUGCUCUUUAUAGUAUUGGACAGUUUGGUGUUUGUACAGAGGAAGAUAAGCCCUAGGUCUUAGAUUUUUCUCUAUUAUGAUAUCAUUCCCUUUCUUUUAUACUUACAUAUUGUUUAUCUGAAAGAAAUGUUUAUAUUCCACCCUGUGUCCAGGUCCCUGGACAAAGGCCAAUUUUCUGGAAUGCAGAACCUUGAAGGUUUACAUAGGACUCUGGACUGGUUAAGUGUGGUGACUCAUGCCUGUAAUCAGAGCACUUUGGGAAGCUGAGGUGGGAGGAUUGCUUGAGGCCAGGAGUUCAAGAUCAGCCUGAGCAACAUAGUGAGACCUUGUCUCUAUUAAAGGGGAAAAAAAAAGGACUCUGGGCAACCUUACACCUUAGCCAUUUCCAGGGAACCCUGGAGGUAACUGCCAUCUCUAAAAUGUGCAUCUGGUGUCUCUUGGGUAUAAGCGAAAAUGAGGCCCUGCAACAUGUGGCUGUUUCCUGUCUGUUCAAAAAAGAGCCCUUCUGAGCAGAAAUGGCUAAUAAACUUUGUGCUGACCUGGAA